UCUAUGUAUUUGCUGAUAAGUUUAUUGUGUACUGUGAAGACAAAUAAAAUUUUCAUAAAAGUUUUAACAAUAUGAUAUCUUGUUUAAAAUGAUAAUAAACGAUCUGACUCGAAGACUGUGUUCCGCAAGUUGUAUUUAAUCGUACUGCAAAUAAAUUGUAAGGCUUAUAAUGGAGCGACCCGUAAAUUAUAGUGAUUUGAGCCGGAGAACCGGAGACAUUUUUCGGCGUUUAAAUAGACUCACAGAUGGUCCAAUGACUCGGAAAAAGCUAGUUAUUUUAGUUCUUGUUUUAGUAUUUUUUAUUUUAUAUCUUGGACCGACAAUAUUGAAUUCAUUAUUUAGCGGCGAAGGUUCCUUAGCGAGCAGCCAGACUGUAUGUCAUCGAAACUUUAUAAAUCCCUUUCAAGAUGCCUUAAGCCAAUAUGACGCUUAUUUAAGAUUAGAAUCGGCAGCUACCUUAUCGUCUCUUAGCCACAACUAUGUGCCUUAUGUUGGGAAUGGACUUAUAGGUAUGGCAUUGGAGCACGAUUCAUAUUUAAACAUAAAACAUGGGCGUACUUUAUCUCUACCGGUAUACUACCAUCCUCUGUACAUCAUCGAUGAUUACGAUAUGAAAGAAUCAACAUUGGUUGAUUAUAAAAAAGGGAUUGUGCAUAGAUUUCAGUGUAGCAAUUCAGGUAUAAAGGUGUCAUAUCAAUAUUAUGCACAUAGAACAAUACCAUCUCUGUUUGUUCAAGAGAUAUUAGUAAGCAACCCAUUGAAUGUUGCUAAAACUCUGCAUAUGACAGUACCAAGGUUAUCUGAUUGGCCUACUUCUGUGAAGCAAACUAUAAAAUUACACCAGGGUGUGGACAGCAAGGAGUAUGAGGUAGUCACUGGAAUGAUUUCUCUACCUGACAGUGACAAUGUGAUAGCAGUUUCUGUAGUAAGUAGGAAACUCAGUAAUAAAGUCCAAGUUGAGGCGAGAGAUGGUCUAGACUUAAUGAUACUAACUACAGUACAGUACAGUCGACCAAUAAAAAAAGCAGAUUAUGCCAAGCAAAAAGAUUUGGUUGAAAAAAAGGCUAUUGCAGAAAUGGAGAAAGUAAUUGCUCUCACAAAUGAUCAGGCAGCUGUACGGACAUUAAGAGAUAACCAUGCUAGAGUCUGGGAAGGCUUGUGGGACACUGGGUUUUAUAUAUCAGACUCGAAAGCCGAAGGCGUCAUAAAUGGAGAUAGAAUAAAUGCAACCAUAUAUGCCAUUAUGUCUCAAGUACGAAGUUUUGAACAUGAAACGCACAUAAAACCAGCAACAAAAUCUGAAUUACUCCGCACCCUUACAUAUUCAGAAGGCUGCUAUGGAGGCUAUUCAACAUUAGAUGCAUUCAAUUUAUGGAAACCAUUGAAUUCUUUACAGAAUUUAAACAAUGUGGCUAGUAUUUGGAUGUUAACAUUGGAAAAACAGGGUUGUCACAAUCUCCUCAGAGCAGGAGCGAGUGGUGUGAACCAAGCGAUGAUUCUUAGUUUCGGAAGUUUAAGAUUCAGUAAUCAACACCUCGAGUACAACAUUCACCCAUCGAAACUUCAUAGAGACUUUUUAUUUCGACGUGUUAAUUAUGGGAACAUGACGCACGUAAACAUCAGCGUUAUCUUGCAAGAGGAUAACAAAGCCGCCAUUUUCGUAGCGUUGGAUCGUUCAGAUAAAACUUACUACGCCUGUGACGCGGGCUGUCUGGACUCCGCUGUUCAACUCGGUCCAUAUAGAAAGUACUUCCCAGUUAAACUGACAGAACCGUUGACAUCUAUUCUGUAUAUCACAGCGGAUAAACAGCAUAUGGAGGAUCUAAAACAUGCGAUACAUGUGCAUGAAGUUGUCGAAGCACCACCUCAUGAAUCCCAUGUUAUAGCUCUACAUAAGCAUGGUCACAGUUUGGGAGGACUGAACCCACUAUUCUGGGUUUCAAUCAUACUCUUAAUAGUCAUGUUCCAUUUAUUCCUAUGCAGAAUAAUUAUGAACGAAUUCUGCGAUAGCAGUACAAAUGUUAGCUAUAAGAGGCUAUAUAAUAAAGCAUAAAUUUGUGUGUUGUCCUAUUGACUGAAUUGCUGGGUGUAUUUAUAUUAAAUAGUUUAGUAACAUGAGCAUGCCUCAUGAAUUAUGUGUAUAUUCAUGCCAAGUUAUACAUACCUUAUUAACCAUUGUUGCCGAAAACUAAUGAUAUUCUCUGAGCUCUCCAAUGUUUUGUAAUUGAUGGGAAAUUAGUUUACCCCCAGGAUAUUGGUUCCUUUUUUGUAGAAGAGAAUUGUUUGAUAUAAAAACACCCAUAUGUAUUAACUUCAGUAUUUUAUGUUAAAUCAUAAUAUGUACUGUUUAUUGAUGUAUAUUUUUAUAUAUCUUGUGUGAUUUUCACAUGCUUUCUCUAUAUGGUCAAUAUAGAUAGAUAGAAUUUGAUUUUUAUAAUUAUAGUUAAAAUAAAUUCGUGUUUAACCACAUGGAUGAGGAAGAAAAAUAAAGUAAUAUAAUUCGCUUAUCAUCACAAAAUACAUUAUUUAUCUAUUUUUCGUUUUAAUUUUAAUCACGAUUUUAAGUAAGUACAUCAAAAUGUGAUUUAGGAAUGCGAGCUUCGAAGUAAUGAAAAUAAAUAAGUGAAUGCUUAAAUAACAAACCUGCGAAUUAUACAAUGUGAGUAUCGCUUAAAAAUAUUCUACUUUUAUGGUAGGUUUUUUAGGAAACAUAUUCACAAAUUUAUGUUAAAUUAAAAAAGAAAUGUUUCAAAAACAAGUUUAAUUUAUGCGCUCAAUUGCAUCUACAAAGAUUGUGCAACGUUUUUUGUUUUUACAAAACCUAUUAAUUUUUAACUUUUUUGUUUACAUAACCCAUUAAUUUGAAUUUCAUCAUUUUCGAUCCAAUUGAGUUUAUAAAUUGAUACUAGUCCCCUCCCCCUCCCCCUCCCAAGCUCAAGAUAAAGAAACUGAACUGUGACACAAAUACUGAGUGUAAUAACAAUUAGCCAAAUAGCUGGAUAAAAUAAUAAUUAAUAUAAUCACAAUUCCAAAUUGUAAAUAUAUACCGUUCAUGAUUAAUUACUAUAUAAAUUAUUAGAAAUACUUAAUGUUGUAUAUA